AUGCACGCGUUGACCACCAUGCCCAUCCAGUCACGGAGCCUUAACCAACUCCGCGCCAUGGGUGAGAUAUACUCGGCGUCGCCUACCACGAGUCGCUGCGUUCUGGAGAUCGUCUGGUUAGAAUGUGUUAGGCGCAAUGCCCCUGGCCGACCGGUUGCCGAAUACGUCGAGCUAUUAGAACUUGUUAGGUGGGGAGAGCUCGAAGGCAAUAACAAUCCGGAGGAAAUUGAACAGGGCAACUCUGUAUUUAUAAGUCCUCCUAAUCUCCUAGUGUUCGUUUGGCAUUCGAAUAUGCCGUCCGGUACCAAAUACGACCUACUUGACUGGAUCUUCUCGAUGGAUAAUCUCGAAUCAGAAGUCAGACGGGAUUUCAUAAAACAUCUCGAUAGCACGAUGGAUAGGCAAAGACGCCGUGACUCGGUGGCUUUAUUGACUCCGCUUAUGGUCGCCGGUGCCGACGUAUACGCCACCGUGCAACACUUUGAUGGGGCACGUUGGUGUACGCUUACGGAAUACGCAGAGAAUCUCGGGCUGGAGGACGUCUGGGAUAAUGCUCUGCGAGCGUGUGGAUACUCUCCAGAACAAGUCCGGAUAGAAUCGGAUAGGCGUCUCGCAGAUAUGAAGAGAUUGGAUCGCGGCGAUGUCACCGGGCGCGAGAGUGUCGAUAGGGUGUUCUUUUCGAGUUAUAGGGUACUCCGCUUGAGUAUGGGUGGCCAACCCGCCAUGAAGCCUAGGCCACUCCUAGAAAACAAAAUCCUCUUCUGGAUAAUCAAUAUGGGAGAUCAUAAGCGUAGCGGUACCACUAGUCCUAAUGCGCCGGCCUCCUCACCACCGCCGGCUGAGCCGGCUGUAGCCCAGGAGAGCGCCGAACGCGCCGCGGAUUUCCAUGAUGCCCAACAUUGGGCGACAAUCGGAACAGGGGACGCCCUAAGAGAUGACGAAGCCGACUCGGCCGUUGGAGAUGAUGAUGUAGCUAGCUCAACCGAGUCAAUCUCGUCGAGUAUUCUUCAUUAUCGCACGAUUCAUGGAAGAACCUACCAUGCCGAGCGGGGAAAUGCCGAGUAUUGGACACCGAAUGAUGAGCAUCAUAAUGAGUCGAUGGAUAUCAAAAAGCUGUUGACAUUGGAACCGGAACGGGUCAGUAUCCUCGUGAGGGCGGCAAAAUUACCCGUUGCACUAACGACGUCUACAGGCAUCUGGGCUAUUGACUUCGCCGACGAAUAUCCAAACACCGAAGUAAUUGGAACUGACAUUUCGCCGAUUCAGCCUAGCUGGGUUCCUCCUAACCUAAAGUUCGAAAUUGAGGACUGUACUCAAGAAUGGACCUUUGAUCCGGACUCCAUGGACUACGUACACAUGCGUUACCUAUACGGAAGUAUUAGCGACUGGACCGCUCUGUUCAAGGAAGCUUUCAGGGUCUGCAAGCCCGGCGGCUGGGUCGAGAGCUAUGAAGCCUCUCCGAGAAUGGAAAGCGAUGAUGGCACAGUAACAGAGACCUGCGCUAUCAAUGAAUGGGGCAAGUUCUUUAUCGAAGGAGGCAAGGCCUUGAACCGCACCUUCGAAAUCAUCGAUAAGGAGCUCCAGAAGAAGGGAAUGGAAGAGGCAGGCUUUGUUGACGUGAAGGUUUGGGAUCUCAAGGCCCCAAUCGGAGGCUGGGCGAAAGAUGCGCGACUGAAGCAAAUUGGCCAGUUUGCUCAAGCUGCUCUUGAGCAAGAUUACGAGGGCUAUGUGCUUUUCAUGGCCAAUAUGGUUCUCGGGUGGACUAAGGAGGAGGUCACGGUGUACUGUGCCCAGCUUCGACGCGAAAUUCGUUCGGGCAAAUUCCAUCCUUUCUAUCGACAGCGAGUUGUGUAUGGUCGGAAGCCGGAAUAA